CCUGAGCUGGGAGGGGGGGACCUCCACCCCCUGCAAGGGCCUGAUGAACAGCACAGCUGGCCAAUCCUGGGGCUCAGAGAGUAGGUCAGCAGGCUGACCAUUAGGUUUGGGAGCCCCCAGCAGCUGGCUCUAAAGAGGCCCCAGGUCAGUAGCCAGACAGGAGGUGUGAGGGUCAAACACAGCUACCCAUCAGAUGAUCUACUUUCAGCCUUCCUGAGUCCUAGGCAAUAGAAGACAGGUUUGGCCAAGGGUAGGUGUGGCACUGGUGUCUGCUGCCACUGGGCCCUCAUUGGCUCCCAUGCAAUCAGACUCAACAGACGGAGCAACUGCCAUCCGAGCAACUGCCCUGAGCCAGGGCAGUUCACCAGGAGCAUGGGCCUCUCUGAUGUCCAGCUCUCACUGGCGCUGCUGUGGGCACUGGUGUGGGCACAGGGGACAGGAUCUGUGUGUCCCUCCUGUGGGGGCCCCACACUGGCACCCCAAGCAGAGCGAGCUCUGGUGCUGGAGCUAGCCAAGCAGCAAAUUCUGGAGGGGCUGCGCCUGACCAAUCGUCCCAGAAUAAUUCAUCCUCCACCCCAGGCAGUGCUGACCAGAGCCCUUCGGAGACUACAGCUGGGGAGUGUGGCUGCAGGGAAUGGGGAGGAGGUCAUCAGCUUUGCUGCCAUCACAGACUCCUCUACUUCAACCUGCAGCUCCAUGCUCACCUUCCACCUGUCCACUCCUCGGUCUCACUACCUGUACCACGCCCGCCUCUGGCUGCACGUGCUACCCACCCUUCGUGGCACUCUUUACUUGAGGAUCUCCCGAUGGGGCUCAAGGAGGAGGCGCCGAGGGUCCCGCAGCCUCCUCGCUGAACACCAAAUGACUACCCCCGGCUGGCACGCCCUGACUCUGCCCUCUAGUGGCUUGAGGGGUGAGGAGUCUGGUGUCUUGAAACUCCAGCUGGACUGCAGACUCUUAGAAGGCAACAGUACAGUUACUGAACAACCAAGGUGGCUCCUGGACACAGCCAGACACCAGCGGCCCUUCCUGGAGCUUAAGAUCCGGGCCAAGGAGUCUGGAGCAGGCCGGGCCAGGAGGAGGACCCCCACCUGUGAGCCUGGGAACCCCUUAUGUUGUAGGCGAGAUCAUUAUGUAGACUUCCAGGAGCUGGGAUGGCGUGACUGGAUCCUGCAGCCCGAGGGGUACCAGCUGAAUUACUGCAGUGGGCAGUGCCCCCUGCACUUGGCUGGCAGCCCGGGCAUUGCUGCCUCUUUCCAUUCUGCUGUCUUCAGCCUCCUCAAAGCCAAUAAUCCUUGGCCUGCCAGUACCUCCUGCUGUGUCCCCACUGCCCGAAGGCCUCUCUCUCUCCUCUACCUUGACCAUAAUGGCAACGUGGUCAAGACGGAUGUGCCAGAUAUGGUGGUGGAGGCCUGUGGCUGCAGCUAGCAAGAGGACCUGGGGAUUUAGAGUGAAGAGAUCAAGUUGAGGGUUCCCAGGCAAAGGGCAUCUGAGGCUGGAGGCAUCAGAUUCCUGAUCCACACACCCACCCAACAGCCACCUGACAAUAUGUCUGGGUUGAUCCCAGGGGACCCAAAUGGGCACUUUCUUGUUCCAGACACUGGCCUAUUCUAGGCUGGUUGGUGUGUGGGGAGAGGGGUAAAGUGUUUCCUCUAAAGGGCUCUACCCAGAAAGCAUGGUUUCCUACCCUAAGUCCUGUGAGAAGAUGACAGGGGCUAGGGAGGGAGGGAGGGGAGGAGAAGACAAAGAAAAAUUACUUAGUCUCUCCCAAGAAGAGAACGUCCUCAAGUGAGGGGAGGAGGAAGCAGGCUUGUGGCAGGGCAUACAGGCUGGCCGAGGCUAAGGACUGUUGAAGUGUUUUAAGAGAGGGCCAAGGGGGAAAUGGGCAAGGUGCUGGGGGACGAUGUUUAGGGGAGUCCCAGA